ACGUCAAAUUGUUCUUGUUUUCGUACUUUGGUGAAAUUAUUUUCUCACGCUUGUGGCGUAAAAAUACACGAUAACACCUUUCACUUUGUCGAAAAAACAUGUUUUUCUAGUGUAAAAAAAGCGAAGGACCACUGCUAUCCUUGUUCUUUAUUCACAUGGAAUAUCUUUUUCAAUUUUAACUCACCCAAUUUGAAUGAUAUGACGCUGUAAAUUGUGUUCGAAAAAAUGGGUUUAGAUUUCGAUGUGCUGGAGUUUUGUAAAAAGUUGCGACAAAACAGACCACCGCCUUACCAGUGCCCGCUAGAAAAAUGCGAUAAAGUGUAUAAAAGUUUGUGUGGUUUACAAUAUCAUCUAGUAAAUUACGACCAUGAUAAUCCAACACCGGCGACUCCUACUGUAACCAAUAAUAGAAAAAAAGGGAGAUCUAGAGCAGCAGUACCAACAGGGGACAUUGCCUUACAAAGUCCGCCAAAAGAAGCAUUAACGUUUGCCGAGGCACAAAAAGUAGUACAAUUUGAAAUUGAUGGAAAAAUAAGUAGACUACCAAUUGAUCAGCCUGUACCUGUUAUUUCAUUGGAGGAAUGGGAAAAGCGAAAUUCUGAGUUAGAAAAGCCUUUACCAUUUGUAGAACCACCUCAAGAACCUCAUGUUAAGUUGCCAGAAGCAAGCUUUAGGCUGAUCCCAGAUUACAACGAGCGAGUGUGUGAUGCACCAGCGAGGCCUAAUGCAUAUAUCCGUUUUAUUGAGAAAUCUGCUGAAGAAUUGGACGGAGAGGUCGAAUAUGAUGUAGAUGAGGAGGAUACAGCCUGGCUAUCUAUCAUCAACAAGAAUCGAGCUAAGCAAGGCUUACCAGCAGUAUCUGUUGAUACUUUGGAAUUACUUAUGGAUCGCCUGGAGAAGGAAUCUUACUUUCAAGCAUCACAAAACGGGCAGCAAACAGCGGCAACAGUGGAUGAAGAUGCAGUCUGCUGUAUAUGCAUGGAUGGGGAGUGUCAAAACACUAAUGUUAUUCUAUUCUGUGAUAUGUGCAAUUUGGCUGUGCAUCAGGAUUGCUAUGGAGUGCCAUAUAUACCAGAGGGCCAAUGGCUUUGUAGAAGGUGCUUACAAUCUCCAUCUAGACUUGUUAACUGUGUUCUUUGUCCAAACACUGGAGGUGCUUUCAAACAAACCGACCAAGGGACAUGGGCACACGUGGUGUGCGCGCUUUGGAUACCUGAAGUCCGAUUCGCGAAUACAGUCUUUUUGGAACCUAUAGAUUCAAUAGAAACAAUACCACCAGCUCGUUGGAAAUUACAAUGUAUGGUGUGCAAGCAGAGAGGCGUGGGCGCGUGUAUACAGUGUCACAGGAGCAACUGUUACUCCGCAUUUCAUGUAACUUGCGCGCAACAGGCUGGGUUAUACAUGAAGAUGGAAGCAGCUGGCACUGGGCGGGACCCGAGUCAGCCCGUGCAAGUUGCUAAGAUGGCGUACUGUGAUGCACACACUCCUGCGCAUAUACUGCAGGAGCGAAAGGCAGCCGAAUCGGAGGGUGACACAAAAUCCGGCGAUUUGUCAGCGAUUAGACAGAAAGGAAGGGAUAAAAUUAAACAAGCUCGUCGAGUAUUAGCACUGAAGCGCACGUGGGCACCAGUGGUGCUAGUGCCCACACUGCCGGCUGAGCGAGUGGCGGAAAUAGCGCAGCUCGCCCACGGGCCGCCCAGCGCGCGCGCACAGCUGAUGAAGCGGCUACUCGCGUACUGGACCCUGAAGCGGCACAGCCGUAACGGAGUGCCGCUGUUGAGGCGGUUGCAGAGCUUGACAAGUCAUCAUGGUAGCCGAGGCAUUCAGGAUGGUACGGUGAAUGUUCGAGAACUUUGCAAUCAACUCAAAUAUUGGCAGAGAAUUAGACAAGACCUGGAAAGAGCGAGGCUGCUGUGCGAGCUGGUGCGCAAGCGCGAACGUCUCAAGGCUGAGUACACGCGCGUGUGGGAGCGCUGCGUGCUGCACUCGCUGCGGCCCGACCGCGCCGCGCUGCACAAGCUACUCCGCCAGCUGCGACAGCGGGACGCCAGCGACAUAUUCACCGAGCCGGUCGACUUGAACGAGGUGCCUGAUUACAGUACAAUUGUGAAACAUCCAAUGGACCUUAGCACAAUGGGCAAGAAAUUGGACAAAGGCUUGUAUAAGACGAUAGAUGACGUGGAAGCCGAUUUUCAGCUUAUGAUCGAUAAUUGUCUCACAUACAAUAAUAAAGAUACCGUUUUCUACAAGGCGGGCGUGAAAAUGCGCGACCAAUGCAAGCCGGUGUUCCGGCAGGCGCGCCGCGACGUGCGCGACGCCGGCAUGGCGGCGCUCGCCGGCGCGGGCGACGCGGCCGAGCCGCCCGAGCCGCCGCCCGAGCGCCGCGCCAGCCCGCGCCGCCGCCGCAGCUGCGACUCGCGCAGGGCCAGGCAGAGCAGCAGCGAUAGCGAGCGGACUGCUGAUACCCGCAGUGAACGUGGUGUGUCAGUAGCGCGAAGCGAAAAGCGGGCUCCGAGCGCACAGCGAGCAUCUGAAGAUGAUACGCGCGACAUGUCCCCCGCGGUGAAGAACAAAGUGAACCGCAACUGGUGGCGCGGCCGGGGGAGGGGGAGGGGCCGCCGCGGGAGGAGGGGGCGGGGUCGGCCCGCGCUCUCUGUGGCCAGGCACGUGCAAGACAAUGAAACAGCCACAUCAGACUCAGAAACACCGAUAACUACUAAGAAGACCGUAGAGCGAACACAGAAAUUGGUGACACCUGAUAAGUCUCCAACCAAAGUGCCAGAGAGUACCACUCCUAGCCCAGGAUUGGGCCUUUUAGGAGGACUCAGAAAACCAACUUUGUUGGUACCGCCUUCAACAAUAACAACACCUCCAAAGAGCUUUGGAUCUGAUGCAACGUUGCCUACAUUAUCAGCCAGCUUGGGACGUGCCCCAGAACCAAGGAAGAAGGGCCGUGGACGCCCCAGGAAACAAGACAAAGAGAAACCUUCAUCGCCUGAUCUAUUUAGUUCUUCGUUACCUACAGACAGCAAGGCGCCAGUGUCGGCGUCUUUCCUACAAUACCGUGGUCCGCCUGGGGAAGUUGGGUCGGACAGCGAUUUAGCUUUAUCCAGGUCGUCAAGCAGUAGCUCGGUGUGGUCGCAGUCGUGCUCGUCGUGCACGCACUAUGAUGAGAACGGGUCGGACAGAUCGUGUUCGCUCUCGUCUAGUGAUAAUGAAGGGUCAAGUAAUAAUGAGGCAAUAGAGCCGAGUGUGACAGGUGCGACGGACAGACGACGCCGGCCGAGACGCGCACAAGCCGCCGAUGUUGAGAAGGAACCACCCACUACUCCGCAGAAGGGUCGCGGCACAAGGUCGACAACAUCUAAAACUCCCGUUAAGAGUUCAACCCCAGAUGUGCACCUGGAGCCAUUGCAGUUGGUGUGGGCCAAAUGCAGAGGUUACCCUUGGUAUCCAGCGCUGAUAAUAGAUCCAAAAAUGCCAAAGGGCUUCAUCUACAACGGCGUGCCUCUCCCCGUUCCACCGCAAGACGUCUUGAAUCUCAAGAAGAACUACUCCCACGAACCGAUCCUAUAUCUCGUACUGUUUUUUGACGUGAAACGCACUUGGCAAUGGCUGCCACCGAACAAACUGGAACAACUGGGCAUAGACAAGGCGGUGGAUCAAGCAAAGUUAGUGGAGUCUAGAAAGCCCACAGACAGAAAAGCAGUCAAGAAAGCGUACGGUGACGCGAUGCAGUUCAGGAAACAAGUGGACGGGGAGAAAUGACAAAGGUUCAGGAGGCAGAGGCCGCCCAGACACCGCACCUUCAGUUUCGGUAUGUUCUCCAACAUGAAGAUCAAAACGCCGGAUACUACUGAUAGCAGCGAUUAAGUUAAUAGUGAGGGUAGGUGGAAAAACUUGCGAGUAGAAGAUGGAUUUUGACAGCAAUUCUAUUUGUAUUAGACUUUAUUAUUAAAUUGUGUCAGUCAAUAUAUUUGACUUCACAGCAUAUGCUUAGUUGUGUAAAUUUUUAAAAAGUCAUGUCGUGACAAUUGCCAUUAUUAUCAUAUUACAUACUUCCUUUAUAGUAUGGAAGUAAAUAAAUUUGGACAAUCCUUUUCGUAUAAAUUACUUUUUAUAAAACAUUGCGAUACAAUCACAAAUUGAACAGUUAAAUUCUGUAUGUAUAUUGUUAAGCGUAAUAAUAUAAGGGUGUUUUAUAAUGGUAUAAGCUAUAACUUUGUGGAAGAAAAAAAGAUUAAGAAAUGGUUUUUCCAUCUACCCUUCAAACAUAACAAACUUACAUUUUUAUUAUAUUGAGUGUGUAUUUCAGUAUGAUUGUAUUUAACUAAGUGUGUACAUGUAAAUAAUCUAAACUUAGCUGGGAUACUGAUAAUGUGAACCAAAAGUCGGCAACGUUAAUAAAACAUUUUAAGUUUAAGAAGCUGCAGUAUAGAGUGAUGCAUACUUCACAUUAUGUGUCAUUUCUUUUUUACAGGCUUGAAAGGGAUAAUUUUACAAUACAGGAACAAUUUUAUAGUAUCAGUUGCAAUGUGAAACUUUUGAACAAACCAGCUUAAUAAUUUAGUAAAAAUAUUUAGAAUUAUAUUAGUAUUAAAUGAAUUAUCGUUUUCUUUUUGUUGUUUGCUUGUGUCGAUUCUGUGUGUAUUAAUAAUAUAAUACGUACUAUAUACACAAUAGUGUAGUUAUUUAUGAAAUAGUCUUAAGAUGUCAAUGAAAUUGAUAAUUAUUCGUUUUUAUAUGCAGGUCUUCAAAGACCUAAUGACAUUUUUUUUAGGCACGAUGAGUUGUGUUUAUGGGAUUCUGUAUGCUUUAUAUAAUUGAAUGUGAGUUUUUUUCCAUUAAUGUUGU